ACAGAAAGAGAAAGAGAAGAAAUGCUUUCUGGCUCCUUUCUCUCUCUUGGUCUUGGCGGCGCGGCCGCAGUAACAGUAGAGGCGGCGGCAGCAGCCACAGCAGUCCCGCCAGCGGGCUGAUGCUGCAGGCUGCUGGGGAGUGGGGAGUCAUACGCACAGGGGAGCUGGAGGGGCCAAGGUGCAGCUCGGAUGGGACAAGCCCCAGCCUCGGAGAGAUACAGCGCCCAACUUGGUGCCACCCUCCAGCUUCUCCGGCCUCGGGGGAUGGACGCAGCCACUGCUCCGAAGCAAGCCUGGCUUCUGUGGCCCCCACUCCUUUUCCUGCUCCUCCUACCUGGAGGCAGCAACAGUAGCUGCCCUACUGUGUGUGACUGCACCUCCCAAACCCGGGCAGUACUCUGUGCCCACAGGCGACUGGACGCUGUCCCUGGAGGGCUUCCACUGGACACAGAGCUCCUGGACUUGAGCAGAAACCGCCUGUGGGGGCUUCAGCGGGGCAUGCUCUCCCGACUGGGCCAGCUCCAAGAACUGGACCUCAGCUAUAACCAGCUCUCUACCCUUGAGCCUGGGGCCUUCCAUGGCUUACAAAAUCUACUCACCCUGAGGCUCCAGGGCAACCGACUGAGAAUUGUGGGUCCUGGGAUCUUCUCAGGCCUAUCUACACUCACACUGCUGGACCUCCGCCUCAAUCAGAUUGUGCUCUUCCUAGAUGGAGCCUUUGGUGAGCUAGGCAGCCUCCAGCAACUGGAGGUAGGAGACAAUCACCUGGUGUUUGUGGCUCCUGGGGCCUUUGCAGGGCUGGCCAAGCUAAGUACCCUCACCCUGGAACGCUGCAACCUCAGCACGGUGCCUGGCCUAGCCCUUGCCCAGCUCCCAGCACUAGUGACUCUCAGACUUCGAGAACUGGAUAUUGAGAGGCUGCCAGCGGGGGCACUUCGAGGGCUAGGGCAGCUAAAGGAGCUGGAGAUACACCACUGGCCAUCUCUGGAGGCCCUGGACCCAGGGAGCCUGCUUGGGCUCAAUCUGAGCACCCUGGCCAUCACCCGCUGCAAUCUGAGCUCAGUACCCUUCCAGGCACUGCACCAUCUGAGCUUCCUCAGGGUCUUGGAUCUGUCUCAGAAUCCUAUCUCAGCCAUCCCAGCCAGAAGGCUCAGCCCCCUGGUCAGGCUCCAGGAGCUCAGGCUGUCAGGGGCCUGCCUCACCUCCAUCGCUGCACAUGCCUUCCAUGGCCUGACCGCCUUCCACUUGCUGGAUGUAGCAGACAACGCUCUUCAGACCCUAGAGGAAACAGCCUUUCCUUCUCCAGACAAACUGGUCACCCUGAGGCUUUCUGGUAACCCCCUAACCUGCGAUUGCCGCCUCCUCUGGCUGCUCCGCCUCCGGCGCCGCCUGGACUUUGGCGCGUCCUCCCCUGCUUGUGCUGGCCCCCAACACGUCCAAGGGAAAAGCCUAAGGGAGUUUUCAGACAUCCUCCCUCCAGGCCACUUCACUUGCAAACCAGCCCUGAUUAGAAAGUCAGGGCCUCGGUGGGUCAUUGCAGAAGAGGGGGGCUAUGCUGCUUUCUCCUGCUCUGGAGAUGGAGAUCCAGCCCCCACGGUCUCCUGGAUGAGGCCUCAGGGAGCUUGGCUGGGAAGGGCCGGGCGAGUAAGGGUCCUCGAGGAUGGUACACUGGAGAUUCGCUCCGUGCAGCUGAGGGACAGGGGAGCCUAUGUCUGUGUAGUCAGCAAUGUCGCUGGGAAUGACUCCCUGAGGACCUGGCUGGAAGUUAUCCAAGUCGAACCACCGAAUGGCACUGUCUCUGACCCCAACAUCACCAUGCCAGGGAUCCCAGGGCCUUUCUUCCUGGACAGCAGGGGUGUGGCUAUGGUGCUGGCAGUGGGUUUUCUCCCCUUCCUCACCUCAGUGACCCUCUGCUUCGGUCUGAUUGCCCUUUGGAGUAAAGGCAAGGGCCGGGUCAAGCAUCACGUGACUUUUGAUUUUGUGGCACCCCGGCCUUCUGGGGAUAAGAACUCUGGGGGUAACCGGGUCACUGCCAAGUUAUUCUGAUCUUGUCUUCCAUACGGAAAACUCCCCGAGUCCACUUCAGAAGCCAAAGGGAAAGGCAGACUAAAGUCUCUUGAACCAUAGCUUCCUGUCAAACAACACAGCCUCCCACACCUGUGGCCUGCAUUCCGAGAACUGCUCUAGCUGAGGACAGCACGGUCACCUCUUCACCUUAUCGCCAAGACAGCCCCCACCUGGUGCCCCCACACCAGGCAGGAAAGGAACACAAGGCUCCAGUCUGCUCUUCACACACUUACAUACUCACAGACUCACACACUUACACACUCACACACUUACACACUCACACACUUACAGGACCAGCUGCUAAACACAACCGUGAGAUUAUCUCAGAAGUGGAGCUGGGAAGUACCACAAACGGCUUAGAGUCUGCUCACCAUGCAGGCAUUUUCCCUUUCUUUUCUGCUACCCAGUGCCAAAUUCAGUCAGCGCCCCUGGGUGCAAGAAGGAAGUAGAGUCAAGGAUUCAGCAGAUGCCUGGGACUGUGGCCUGACUACUUUCUGGCAUUCUGCCUGCAGGAGCCUCGGCCACCUCCCUGACUGUCAAAAGCCACCACGGUGGCAGCGAGACAUGAUCUCUGGGACUUUAUUUACUUCUCUCUACUUCUUCCCCUCCCAGCUUCCCUCCCUGUUCAGUUAGCGGUCAUCUGGCUCCACCUAACCAAGCCUGGCACAAAGGGUGAGGGGGCCCAAAGGCCUGCAGAGGUCAGCCCCCCUUGCUGCUCUCGGUUUGCUACCUUUCCCCUUUCCCCAUUUCUCUAGAGCAAAAGAAGGCAAGAUUCUCCCACCUUUGAAGGGAUCCCUAUGCAGCAAUCUCCUGUUUCACAUCUUCAGACUUCCUAGUGUUGCCGAUCCCAAGCGUGCCUGAAGAAAACUCCUAGGGAACGGCCAACAGACACAGAAUGCAGCUGGGAGCAAGGACGGAGCCCUGUAAGCCACAGUGAGAAGUGGAGGGAAGAGGGCAGCAGCUGCCUGGAUGCGUCCCAUCAGCCUUGGCUCCCUCGGCUGGAUUUAGUGUGGCCCUGGUGGGAACUUGUCCCUGGAUAAAUGUGGAUAAAUGUCACCUCAAAGAGCAAGCGGUGUGAGAGGUAGAAUUGCUGACUGCUCACAGUGCGCACAGUGCGCUUCCAACCGAGGACAGAGCCCCAAAGCACAGAGAUGCUGGGAGCUCUAGACAGUGACAGCAUCAGAAAGGGAGGAGGAAAAAGGAGGCAGGGAGAAGGGGAGGAGAGACUGACAAAUGGAGUCAUGCAGCCCUAGGGAGCCUUUUUCUCUUGGCUGCAGCAUCUACCCAAUGUUCUUAGUUUCCUUCCUCCUUGCUGAGUCCCUGCCACCUCACAAAACACCAUGUGCUUUCUAGUGGCUGCUGUUGCCCUUGCUAGGAGGAGACACCACUUGCUGCAAGAUUCCUAUGUCAAGCUGUCCCUGGCCGUUGAGCGCAGCUGGCGGCACUGAGCCAGCAAAGCUGGACUGAGAGGACCCAAGCACACAAGCACUUGAGAGCGCCAGAAGUGGCUGUAAGAGUUUAGGUGUUUAUAGAGCAAGGCUGGAGAAAAGGACAUUCCCGAAAUCCCAACCUCCUCCAUGCCCUCGCGGUCCAAAGAGCAAUUCUGCAACCUCCUUCUCUCUCUCAUCUACCAGCAGCUCAUCAGGUUGCCACCUGGGAGAUGCCUGUGGAUUGCUCCCCACUCCCCCUAUUCUGAGAUUUAUCUUUUUUAUUUUAUGUGGAUGUAUGAGUGCCUGCAUGCAUGUAUAUGCACCAUAUGUGUACUGGGUACCCACAGAAGCCAGAAGAGGACAUUAGAUCCCUGGAACUGGAGUUACAAAUGUUUGUGAGCCAAGAUCUGGGUACUGAAAACCAAACCCAGGUCCUUUUGUAAAGCAGCGAGUGCUCUUAACCACUGAGCCCUCUCUCCAGUCUCCUUCCCAACUCUCCCCCUCUUCCCCCACCAUACACCCUUUUUCAAGACAAAGUCUUACUGGCUGGCCUGGAACUCGAUAUGUAGACCAGAUUGACUUUUUUGUUGUUGUUUCAUUUUGUUUUGUUUGUUUUUUGAGACAGGCUUUCUCUAUAGCAGGUAGAUCUCUGUGACUUCAAGGCCAGCUAGUUCCACGACAGGCUUGAUAGCUACAGGGAAACCCUGUCUCAACAAAAAAAAAAAAAAAAACACCAAA